AAUACAGGUGGGUAAAACAACACAAACCAAGACCUUCCAACGAGUCGAGGCGCUCUGUCUCGUUCACUUUCUUCGCCGUUUCUCUCCGUUUCUUCGCGUUUCAAACCGACCGAGCUCCGUGUCGGGGUUUGGAGUGACGUCAGAGUUUCCUUUUUAUGUAGGCUGCUCGCUCCAGAGGUUGUUUUUGUUGUUGUUUUUCUUAUUUCUGCCCCAACACACACACACACACACACGUUGUCUUGUUUUUUUGAACGUGUGCCAACUUGCUGUACGGGAUCCUCUCUCCCUCUCUCUCUGUCCUUCUCUCUUCCCGUCCCCUCCACCGUUUUCAGUCUUUCUGAAUGAAUGAAGGAACGAACGGAGGAGGGCGAAAGUCGAUCCGGGGUUUCGAUGGCUCCACUGCGGAAAACGAGAGAGAAACGUGCUGCUUAAGGACGCGGACGGGCUGAGGGCACCAUGUCUAUCCACAUCGUGGCUCUGGGCAGUGAGUGCCCAGGGGGUGUUGGCUCUGGAGAGGAAGCUGCUGGGCAAGGGCAGGUGCAGGGGAGCCUGCUGUGGAGCUACCUGGGCCAUGGAGCGAGAGAGCUGGACCCAACGUCCACCACUCCGUCCAGACAUCCACUGAACCCGGCCUUUAUGGAGUACCAGUCCAGAGUGUUUGGAGAUGUUAGAGUAAUGGUGCGGGACUGCCCCAGCUGGGACUUGCUGGACAGUGACUGGGCCAGCGUGCGGAGCGUUCUAGAACAGGCUGAUAUCGUGGUCAUUAAGUAUUCCGUCAACGACAAGAUUGCAUUCCAGCAGGUGCGAAACGGCUAUGCCCCGAGACUCCGCCCUCUUCUGCGCCAUUGGGGCAUGCCUGUCAUCCUGGUAGCGGUGGGGGCACGGCUUAACGAUGAAGGCCCCCCAUGCACGUGUCCCCUGUGUGCAUCUGACUGGAGCAGCUGUGUGCCUCACGGCGAGGGGCUCCAGCUGUCCAGGGACCUGGGGGCCACCUACCUGGAGUUGCCCUCGCUCAACAACUUCUUCGUUGGUCGCUACUUUGGCAGUGUGCUUGAAUACUUCAUGAUUCAGUGUCUGAAGCAGAAAGCUAAAGAGAGACCGGACAAGAGGCGGGGCCACAGGUUUAAUGAGCCCCGCCCUCCACACCUAGACCAGCCAGCCCGUCUGCCCCCGGUGCGGGUGGAGGAGUCCAGUUUCUCUCAGGACCUGCAGUGGCUGCUGGAGCGCGGGGUGCAGUUCGCUGAUGUUGUUUUCUACGCUGGGGAUUCUGGGAAGGAACUUGGCUGGGCUCAUGCGGCUGUGCUGUGUGCCAUCAGCCCCUACUUCAGGCAGCUGCUGGUGGGCCGGCAGGCGUGGGAGCGUCCGAUGUCACGGUGCGCCUGCAGGGAGAGAGAUGGCCCCCACUCUCUCCUCUCCACCUGGGAUGGUGGACUGGAUGACCUGCCGCGGCCAGAUGGGCACCUCCCUGGGCCCCUGAGCCGGCUGGUGGUGAAGGACCCACUGCUGUGUUUAUGCCUGUGGGAGACGCUGAUGUUUCUCUACAGAGGGGCCUGGGAAUGGGAGUAUCUGGAGGAAGCUAUAGCAGAGAAGCUGAAGAACCCUUUAGCUGUGGCCCAGCUGAUGGAGAGGAUACGCUCGUUCGUUGGGAGAGAAAAGGCCCCAAGGGACACGCCCACUCCUCGCUCGCAGCAAGGCCCUCAAACGCUGGGCAACCUCUUCAAUUCCCCUCUCUACUCUGAUGUCAUUUUUAUGGUGCAAGGGAGUGUGCUGCCGGCACACAGAGCUGUGCUUGUGUCUCGCUGCGACGUUAUGGCUGCCAUGUUCAGUGGGAAGUACGCUGAGGCCCGGAGUCGAGUGGUGCCCAUUCACGGAGUCUCCUCCGAUACCUUCCUUGCGUUUCUGGAGUAUCUCUACACUGAUACCUGCUGCCCAGCCAGUGUGCUGCAGGCUAUGGCUGUGCUGGUCUGUGCAGAGAUGUAUCAGGUGAAGCGUCUGCAGCACCUCUGUGAGGUGUGCGUGUGUGCGUACCUGCAGAGCAUGCCCAGCCGAGAGCUGGCCUCUACAAGCAUCAGCGUGAUCCGCCUACUGAGGAGAGCAAAGUGCCACAAUGCUGACCAACUGUAUGUCUGGCUCCUCCACUUCAUCGCCAAUAACUACCUGAUCUUUAGCCACAAACCAGACUUCCUGGAGCUAUCAGAGGAGGAGCGUGAGCAGGUGGAGCGUCUGCGAUGGCCCUCUAGAGGAUACCUGCAGGAGCUCAGCGAAUACCAGCAACGGCGGAGACAGCUGCGCAAAUCCCGCUGCAGCAUCAUGUGACCUCCCUCAUGCAGCGUGCUGAAGAGAGGAGCGGGUGAGGGGAGAGAAAGAGGGAACAGGAGUCAUUAACACACAAAGACAGACAUGAAUCCUCCUUAGAGGCUGUGGAACUCUGAUGGAAUUCUGAUGGGAUUUUGAUGGAAUUCUCAUAGAAUUCUGGUGAAGUUCUGAUGGACUGUGUCUAUAUAAACGUUGACCUUCGAUCCUGUGACAUCAGCAGACAGUCACGUGCUGUCAGAGGCCCCGGGGCGAACACUGUGGCUGUUACUGUGUUUCUCAUGGUGCCCUUCAACACGGCUCCUGCUUUGUGUACGCGGAAAUAAACUGUGACUACAAGUGGACACUGCUGAAUGCAGUAGCUGUGUAACCAUAGCCGGGUAAGUUGUGGUUGGACCUUGGUCAGAAAGCUCAGUGGCAUAAACUCAUUCGAAGCUGGAACAAACCCCAAAGUUUUAAACAGGGUAGGGUCAAUCUCAUACUCUCCAGAGAUUUCUAUCACAUUCUCAUGGUCUGCCAUGGUCUUUCAUGGUGAGAAUUUCUUUGAUUUGUGACUACUCUUGCAAAGCAACUUGAAUAACACCUCAAAUGUUUAUUUUUUGCCAUGAGGUUAUAAUUUUACGGUGAUGCAACUAUUUUUGUAACAUGUACAUCUGUACAUCUGAUUUUUAUUUGGGAACAAAUAUGUACGCAGUAUAUGCAUCCAGCAUGUGGAUUGUUUAGUGCAGUCAGUCAGUGUGUUGGACUUUUCUGGCUGUCUUUAGUCUAGUGUAGUUCUGUUUAUCUUCAUCUCACGCUGAAUAAAGACAUUUUAGAAGGA